AUGGUUCAUAUCGGCCAACAGAAUGCCUCCAAUGACGAGAUUCGUGGCCGAUUUUUCUCUCUCAUCUUAGCUUUACUCAACAAAAUGUCCGCUCAACUUUUCGGCAGUUAUAUAGAGAUUAGUGGAAUGACCAAGUCUCUCAUUUGGAGACGUUUGAUUUGCCAUUGUGCCGUCGAGCGCCAGUUGAAAGAUAGCCUACUAUGUGAGGCAGCCGAUCUGUUCGCUAAAGGGGAGAGAGAGUUCUGCCAGUUUACGAGAAAACCUAUGUCGACUACGAUAAGCCUCAUUGACGGAAUUGCUGAGCUUUAUCGAAAGAUCGACAGAAAAGAUCGCGCAUUUCUCUACUACUACCUGAUGGCAUUCUACGGCAAAGGAUUCGCCAGUUAUCUGAAUGGCAUCAGUUUUGUUUUUCGCAGUGACAAACUUGAGAAGCAUGCGGAUUUUAUGAAAAGGAUGCAACAGCAUUGA